GGACGCGCCGAGUCCCGAAAGAGGAGCAGGGGGAAAAGUGCGGUUGGCAGUCCAGUAAUCUAAGACUCUGCCAAGGGGGAAUUCCAAAGGCCGUGAGAGCCUCAGUAGUUGCGCCUCGGCCCGAGGGGGCGAGCGCGACCGAAGGGACGCACUGGGGACUGUUUAUAGCCCUGUCAGGACCGCGCAAAGAGGGGAGGCGGAGGCCUGAGGUCUGCUUGGAUGAUGGCAUGCUGAGAAUCACCCCGGAGCCUGGGCCCGCAUGGCAUCCCAGGACAAAGAUGAGGAGUCCUCACCUCGCUGGGCCUCCCAGACAGGGCCCUGGGAUGCCAUCCUCGAGGCCGUCAGGGAGCAGCUCCCAUCUCUGGAUUCAGAUUCCUCCUCGUCAGACUGCGGGCCAGAGGAGCUGUUCAUCUUCCAGCGAGAUCAAACUGCCCUGAUCCCAGACUUGUCAGAGGAGCUGGCUGAAGAGCCUGCCAGGGCCUGGCUUGCUACAGCCGCUGGGCCUCCUGAGCCAGGUGUGGUGCCUGUGGAAUUCACUGCAGAACCCUGGAGUAAGUGGGGCCCAAAGACAAGGGGUCCUGCCUCUCUGCAAGGCAGGGACGCUGACGGGCCUGUAGAGAUCUGUGGUGAGGCCUGUUCCCUUCUUCGGGUGCCUGAGGACACCCCCAUGUGGCAGGAAGGCAGUCGUGGGGCUGUGUCCUUCAGCACCCAGGGUCCUCCCCGGGGGCCACACGGAGAAGCCACCUUCUCCCCGUGGGAAUGCGACCUGAAAACAGAACCCCCAGGCGCUGCCUCACGAGCCCAUUGGGGCACAGACUCCACAGCCCACAGAGCCCUCCGGAAGGAGAGAAGGAAGAUGAUUGAGAAGGACAUACUCCAUAAAGUUACCUGGGAUGCCCGGGGCCCAGCCUGCCGUGACCACAGUCCAGUGGAAGAGGCACCCUGUGCCGCAGGAGCGGCAGGUCUGAGACCAGAAACACCCCCGGAGGGGCCCCGGGAAGGACCUCCGGUGCUCUCCCUCAAGGAACUUGAAGAGUGGGAUUUGGAUCACAUCCUUCAGAGUCUGGCAGGGCAAGAAGGCGGCAGGGGAGAUCGCGCACCUAGAGCCACGUGGUGGGCAGCUGACCGCCUGGGCCGAGGUCUGACCUUGAAUGCCAGGGCCCAAAUGCAUCCCCACAAGCAGCUCCUUCCAGGCCCUCUCAAUAAAAUAGGGUCAGCCCUGCAGCCCACCAUGUCCUCUCUGCUGCUCAGCCCUCACGGUCCCAAGCACACAGACCACACCCUGCCGAACAACCAGGACAGGCUCAUGGAACAGCUCAUCCUUCUGUGUGCCACACAUUCCAGAGCCCCUUCUGCCUGGAAGGUGCCUGCUGACACACCUCAGGACACCAUGCAGCAGGAGGCCAGGAGCAGAUCUGCUCCGAGGGAGCCAGGCUUCCAGGCCGAGCUGGGCCUGACACUGGCCGAGAGCAGGCAGCUAAGGAGCCCCGCAGAGCCUCCCACUAUCUUCAUCGAUCUGCGGCCCUCAGAGCCAUCAGACCCCAGCUCCAGCCUCAGCUCCAGCUCCUCUGACAGCGAGGAGGAGGAAGAGGCUACAGUGGCCCUCAGAGACCAGCAGGGCCCAGCCAAGCAGGAGAGUCCUUCCUCCCGCUGCCUACGGGACUGCACCGGGAAGAGUCAGCUUCUCCAGCAGCUCAGGGCAUUUCGGGAGGGGACAGCUCAGCCCAAUUUACCUGCCACUGGGGGUCCCAGUGUCCAGAAGUCUCAAGUCCCUGAAGAUUCAGCCAGCUCUGCAACUGGAAGGAAGCAACAUAUACCAGCCUGGGCCGAGCAGCAGAGCACCCAGGCCAGACGCCCAGGGGGAGGUCCCAGGGCGCUAGGGGACACUCUUGGGCCAGGGACAGCCAGGGAGGCCCUGGUGCCUCCCCUGGGCCAACUGUAGCUGCGUCCUGGACCAGAUGGGAGAAGGAGCUGGGCGGAAUGAUUCCACUCUCCAUCCACAUGCCUGGGCCCCUGGCUCUCCCUUGUUUCCGAGAGAAGGUGCUUCUUCUGCAGCACGGGGACCCUCAGGCUGUGGGGCAGAUCAUUCUGUGCACUUAGAGCAAAGAUGCCAGAACACAGUUGUACACAGAGCAGGACAACAGCGCCUGGGAAGCAGACCCCACCGAGAGCACCGUCCGUGCCAACAGGGGGACUGUCGGGCGUUUUCUCUCCCGUGUCUGCACUCUUCUCUGUUAUUGCCAUCAUGCAAGCUCUUUAUAAAACUAAAACUCAAGUAAAACAUAUUUAGAGAAUUUCAGGGUUUAGAGAAAGGGUCUUGGAAGAGAAUUGAGCCUGAUCUUCUGGGUCCCUGGCUGCUUGCUAUUUAUGUGCCUAAAUGAACACACCACCCGCUCUCUCUCACACACCAAAUGGACUCUUUGAUAAAUGGGGGAAGACUGAAGGUUUUUUUCUUUAACCAAGAUACAAAGGCACACAUCUGUUUUAGGGUCCUUCCAAACUAUGGGUGGAGUUGACCUUUCCACAGAUAUAGAGUACUGAGUGUCCUGACACCCAAACAGUCCCCAUGGAACAGAGUGGCACCCGGCCUUGUGGAGGACAUCCUUCUCGUUACUUUGCAAACAUCACCCCCCACCGCCCAUUUUCAGAGUCCUUUCAUAUUGUUCUCAGCCCUGCUGUCCCCAACAGGCUGAAGCCCUGAUCUGUGGGCACCUCUGUUUUCUCAUCAACUUGUUUCCGAGAUUCUGCUUCUCAGAGUCUCUGCCCCGCUCUGCCCUGCCUGCCCCAUGGGAAAAGCAGUCAUCUCGAGUCCCCCUGUGACAUGGGCUCAGUGGCUUGGUAGGGUCCUUGGCAUUUGGGCACGUGUCCCAGGAUUCAGCUGGGGUCACCACCUGUUAGCAUGUGCUGAGGAUGGGCAAGGGUCUCUUUCCAUCAAGCCCUGCACCAGGCAAGGCAGCCUCUGCCUGGCCUCAGCUAGUCAUGAUCAGGGCCACAGACCUCACUUGAUAUGGCCAUGGGGGCCCCCACAGCAGCCCCCACCCACAAUGAUAAGGGGUCAGGGGCAAGGCAGCUGCCACCAAGGCCACAGGAAGCCCUGGGUGGGCCUACCGGCAGGGCAGUUAACCACACUGUGUCACGUGGGCUCCCGGGUCUUGCCCAUCUGUGAAAGUCCCUCACCCUCUGCUCCAGGGCAUGUGCAGUGUGGUCAGGACUCAAGCACUGGGCAAGGCAGACUAAACGUGACCACCUCCACCCAUGCAGCCUGUCAGGAGCAAUGGCCAGCUUUUCUUCCUUUGAACCCAUUUUCCACAUGUCUACCCCUUUUAACGUCAGAAGUUCAUUAAGAAUGUUUUACAAAGUGAGAGAAAAUAAACUCUUUGUUCUAAGUUCAACUGGGUGAACGACCAUUAAGGCAAGCCGAGAGGAUGAUGU